AUGGGCAUCUCAUAUGAGAGUAACUUCUUCUUUAUCAAGGCUCAUCUGCUGAUCCCUCCACCUAUUGUUGAUUUAAGCAACAAAUGUAUGCAAGAUACUGGAAGGGCAAUUGAGGCAUCUGCCUCCAAACAUCUUCACAGAGAUUCUUCUGCUACCAUUGCUGAGAGAGAUCAGAGCACUUUUAAACUAAGUACUAGCUGCCCUUGCAAGAUCAUGGAAAAGAUGGCUAAGGAAGUUCACACAUGCAGCAGCCUAGAAAAGCCUAUCUCUAAGAGUUUUAGAGAAAUUCAAUUAAGAGAUUUAAAGCCUAUGGAUCUUCUAGUCCCUGAUCAAGACUUUGGGGCUUUUGUCAGAUGCAAAGGCACAUAUUUCAAACAGGAAUUGGCUGACAAGAUUGGCUAUUUUAUAAGCAAAGCUUGUGAUGCUUAUGAGAGAGCUAAUCCUAUUUUCAUUUCUGAGCUUUCUGUUGUCACCAAAAUCUGA